AUGUGGAGAUCGACAACGAUAGCCAAAUGUGGAGAUGUCGGACAUGGAAGUAAUAACUUCCAAAUGCCUAGGGGCAAAGGUGAUUUCGCAUUUCAGUCUUUCAACGUUUGGAGAUUCCUUCCCAUUCUCAACAAGAGAAGGUUCAUAAAAACCGAAAAAUGGAAGAUCAAGAGUCAAAUGCACAAAGAGGAGUUCAUUUAG